AUGGUAAUACGUGAUCCUCUUGCUCGUCGGCCUGCUUCCCCUUCUUUAGCCUCUACGGCUUCUGUGACUCAUCACAAAGGGUGCAAUUCGGCGACUUGUUGCUCUCCAGCAAAAAUUUGGCGAACCUUACAGACCUUGAUCAAAGAAGAUGAUCCCGGGGCCCUCAUCAAGCACUUUGAACAAGCUGAUGAACAACGUCUACAACAUAUUGUUCGUGUCGCUUUAACUGCCAGACUGUCCAACGAUGCUUCCUUGUAUCCUCCUUCACAGCAACACAAAUUGGUUCGUUUGACUUCCCGGGAGGCUAUGUUAUGCUUUGGAAAAUCAUUCAGAGAUCUGAAUUCGCUUCAACUGGCCCUGUUGGCAAGUUCUGAAGCGACGGUAUUGGCUUUAUUUACACAAUUGAAAUCGUAUGCCGAAAGUUUGGGUGAAGCAGAGAAAUGGAGUUCUUUCAUCAAUCACAUUUGGGGUCAAGGCAAUACGACUUUACAUUUGGCAGCUCAUUUACAGAGACGAGAAGUCAUAAAACAAUUGCUCGAGCUGGAAUGCUGUAAAAUUCAUGUACGUAAUGCAAGAAAUAGGUAUCCCGAAGAUUGCUGU